UCGGGGCUCCAGACUGCACAGUGAGGGAUGGAGAACGAGGACACGAGCAGAACUGUCUCCGAUGAUGAAGGCAUCGCCGAGAGGGAAGACACCAUCGACGUGUUGGCAAAUCUCGACUACGCAGGUUUAAAACGGCUUCCCAGUCUAUUAAGGUACGCGAAGAAGGAGAGGUGCCCCGCCUGCAGGUCAACAUCCAAUCUAAGAGCGAAGAGUCAAGACAAGGGGAACAUCUUCGAUGUCAAGCCAGGCUCUUCCAGCAGCAGUUCUAUCAGUCUUCUAUCCACCAGGACCAACUCUCCCCUGGUUGGCAUAUCCAGCCUGUCCCUUGCCACCAAACACACACAGACCUCAGCCAGCUGGAUCAUUAGGUACUCCCUUGAGGAAAAUGUCGAUGAAGCUCAGCACACGUCCCCGAAGUUCUUGAGCAUCGAGGAUGAGUCAGCAUCAGACAUUGAUGUGGAUACCUCGGGGUCUGGCAGCAGUGACAGCAGUGCACACAAGGACUUGGUUAUUUACACUGAGCUGAAAUCCAAACCAUUCAGUCCAUCGCUAUUCACCACUGCCAAAGUCGGGCUCCCCACCAUCAUUGCGUACAAGCCAGAAUCUAGAGAGAACUCCAGCAUGUUCAAAAUCAUUCCUCCAGAGAUGCAGGAGUUUUUGAAGAGACAGAUUAAGGAUUCUAAAACGCAUUUGGACUACCACAAAUUACUGUCAGAAUUUGACAACACAAGGCAGUACGCACUGAACUCUGGUUUUGAUCUGUGUGAAUUCUGCAAUAAAUUUAUGAAAACCUUCCCUUCAGUUCACCAGCUGAAGACAAAGCCAUCAUCCGAGGCCAGUGCAGUGUGUUUAUUCCUCUGUCCCUCUGAUCUCUGCCCUCUGGCCUCUGUCAAUCUUCUCUUCCUGAAGAUUGGGAUAAAGAAGGAGAGAGCUUUGUUAAAGUCUGACCUGGGUGUUUCUAUUUUGCAGCUUUUCUGCUGCCCCCAAUACGAGGACAUCUUCAGCUUCGUUGUGCAGGAGGAGCAAACGAUGAUCACCUCAAAGACGGUUCAUGAGAAGAUCGCGGUGGGACCUCACCUUCCAUUCAGCACCUUACUGGAGAGGCAGGACGCCAAGGAGCAGGCAGCUCUCAGAUUACGGGAUAGAGCGGUGGAACAGUUCUACUCAAAAGUGAAAGAACAACAAAAGAGAACACAUUCAUCGAAGAAAUUGAACGUAAUUCCUUAUCACUUUUCAAAUGAAUUGAAAGCACUCGUUGAAACCACUGAGGAGGAGGAAGAGAUUGAAGAAUGGUAUCAGUUCUUCAGCACAUCAGAAAGUCCCGGCUUCACCUGGCACCAGGAUUUCGCGCCCAUUUUCACCAAGAAGUUCUACAGCAGCGGAGAGGUGUUCUUCAUUACGUUUCCAGAUGGCACGGCUCAGGUACAUUACCCGUCUGGCAAUUUAGCCAUCAUCAUUUCUUUUGAUCGGAAGGGGACGUACACCUGUAUAGUGCAAGAGGACAAAGCCAAACAGCCAGCGAUGCUCGGACUCUUUGACUCCACUGGCAGAGGGACCUGCUACUACUCCAACGGAAAUGUCUGGAUCAGUAUCACCUGCAUGGGAGGCCUGUACCUCAAUGAGAAAGGAGCUCAAGUGUUCCGUUGGUGGUGGAGAGACCCCAACUCACCCAGCCUCUUCGCGCCCAUGAAACCCAUCUUCCUGUCCCUCAAUGAGAACAUUGGCAUCAGGAUUUCGGCCCAAGAUCACAUUCACAUCACUUUCCUGGCCAAGGGCAAACAAAUGAAGCUCAAUGUGGGAAUCAAGCUCGAGUUGAAUGAAAGCUUCAGUAACUUCCCAAACAACACCUGGGUGACAGAGACCCAACUGUACCUGGAGAAGAGUAAGAUAAAGAUUCAGUCCCUCAUCAACAAGAUGUCCCUCAUCACCAGCUUCCCCAACAUCAAGAACCUGGACAGGAUCCCUCUGCCCUUUCACCUGAAGUCUCGCAGAUACAAGCUUGUGAAACUCAGGGAGAAGGUGAAAAGCGGAAAACACAUUCGGUUACUGGCUGACAUGAGCAACGAGAAUUGACAAGGGAUAGGUUACUUGUGAUCUCCUUGAUGAAGGAGAGGGAUGGAGAAAGGGUGAACGAGGGAUGGAGAGGGA